AUGUCUCAUUUUUGUCCACAGGAGAGUAAUCCAUAUGCAUGUCUGGUUUUCUACUGGGAACCUCUCAACAGACAGAUUCGUAUUGAGGGCGCCGUGGAGCGAAUCCCCUUCCAGAGCUCCUGUGAUUAUUUCCACUCACGGCCAAAAAGCAGCCAGAUCGGCGCUGUCGUGAGCCGACAAAGCACUCUGGUUCCCAACAGAGACUAUUUAAGGCAGAAAAAUGCAGAACUGGAGGAGAAAUACAAAGACACAGAGGUGCCAAUGCCUGACUACUGGGGCGGCUACAUUGUGAAGCCUUUCCACAUCGAGUUCUGGCAGGGUCAAACCAACAGACUGCACGACCGCAUCGUCUUCACCAGGCCGAAGGACGGAGAGUCUGAGCUGGGGGAGUUUCAGCACGCCGCAGAGGGGGGCUGGGUGUACCAGCGACUGUCCCCGUGAGAAGCACCUCAACUGACUGUCGCUUUCAGGAACUCAUCUCUAGAUCUCUAGGUACUGACAAAAACCACUGAUGUGGACUCAGCAGCUGCUGCCGUGUGUAGGAUUUAUCAGCAAGCCAAACGUUGUCGUGUCGUCUUUUUGUUCUCGAUGUUAGAACACAUUUUUCAGUGUUGACUGUGAGAUAUGACCCGACUGCACUGUACAGCUUUACAUCCUGCGGGCAUUAUGAAACCAAAAGACGGCGUGAGGGUUAAAGAGAGCAAACUCCAGCUGGUUGUGUCCAACAAUGAUUGACGAUGGUUAUUCAACAGAGUUAACCUUUAGGACGCGGAGACGGUGUCCUGUGUCUUAAAAAGCUCAAUCUGUGCACUAACGGUCCACUUCAACAGUUUACUCAUUGAAGAAACUUUGUGGUCUGUUUUCAGUGUUGAAAUAAUUGGUAACACUUGAUUUUAUAGGUCUGUAAUUUCACAAGUUCCAAGAAAUUUUAUCACAAAGUAAUUUACAGGGCAACCUCGUUAUCGGUCUGAUGAUUUAGGAUGUAUCUAAUAUCCAGUAUUUUAGGGGUUGCAGGGCCGCAAAGUGAUUUCUAGGACAAGACUUCCUUUUUCAUGCUCUGAUUAUUGUUUACAGUUUAAUUAGCAACUUGAGACGCAUCCAGACACCAGUUUGGCUAAUCUCCGGAAGCAGAAAUCCGCAUAUAAAUGCAGAUAGAUAAUUAAAAAAACGAAAUCAGGUUCCAAGGAUACAUUUCGGUCAGUGUUUUUGCCUUUUUUACUCUCCACAUAGACUGUUUUAUAAUAAACUGACCACCAGGUGUCUUUAUUCUCUAUUAUUUGUUCUUGGAAAGUGCUAAAUUAGUUUCUGUAAAACUGACAUUAGACAAAAUUCACAUUGCUGUGGAAGAACCCGAGUCGCCGAGCUCGUACUUAAGAUUGUUGAGGUGAUGUUAAUACUUUGAAACCUGGAUCGACAUCAGUUUUUUUG